UCAGUUGUCUCAGGAAGAAGAGAAGGCUCCAAUGGAUCCCGUGGUGGUGCUGGGGCUCUGUCUCUCCUGUUUGCUUCUCCUUUCACACUGGAAACAGAGCUCUGAGAAAAGGAGGCUUCCUCCUGGCCCCACUCCUUUCCCAAUUCUUGGAAAUAUCGUGCAGCUUGGUUUUAAAGAUAUCAGCAAAUCUUUAACCAUACUGUCAGAAGUCUAUGGCCCUGUGUUCACUGUGUAUUUGGGCACGAGGCCCACUGUCGUGAUAUGUGGAUACGAUGCAGUGAAAGAAGCCUUGGUUGAUCUGGGAGAAGAGUUUUCUGGAAGAAUUGUUUUCCCACUGACUGCAAAAGUUAAGAAAGGAUUUGGAAUCAUUUUCAGCAAUGGAAAGAGAUGGAAGGAGACCCGGCGCUUCUCUCUCAUGACCUUGCGGAAUUUUGGGAUGGGGAAGAAGAGCAUUGAAGAAAGAAUUCAAGAGGAAGUCAGCUGCCUGGUGGGAGAGCUGAGAAAAACCAGUGGCUCACCCUGCGAUCCCACCUUUAUCCUGGGUGCUGCUCCCUGCAACGUGAUCUGCUCUGUGAUUUUCCAGAACCGUUUUGAUUAUAGAGAUCCGAAUUUUCUUGCCUUCAUCGACAAAUUCAAUGAAAGUGCCAAGAUUUUGAAUUCCCCAUGGGUACAGGUUUGCAAUACUUUCCCUAUUCUUCUUGAUUGGUUCCCAGGAAGUCAUAGAAAAAUGAUUAGUAAUUCUACUUAUGUAGAAAAUUAUGUUUUGGAGAAAAUAAAAGAACACCAAGAAACUCUGGACAUUACCAACCCUCGAGAUUUCAUUGAUUGUUUCCUGAUCAAAAUGGAACAGGAAAAGCACAACCAACAGUCUGAAUUUACUACUGAAAACCUGAUGGCCACAGUGAUUGAUGUGUUUGCUGCUGGAACAGAGACAGUGAGCACCACCCUGAGGUAUGGACUCCUGCUCCUGAUGAAGCACCCAGAGGUCACAGCCAAAGUGCAGGAGGAGAUUGAGCGUGUGAUUGGCAGACACCGGAGCCCCUGCAUGCAGGACAGGAGCCGCAUGCCCUACACGGAUGCUGUGAUACAUGAGAUCCAGAGAUAUGUUAACCUUGUCCCCAACAACGUGCCCCGUGCAACAACCUGUAACAUUACUUUCAGAAGCUAUCUCAUACCCAAGGGCACUGCCGUACUAACAUCACUGACUUCUGUGCUGCAUGACGACAAAGAAUUCCCGAACCCAGACAGGUUUGACCCUGGCCACUUCCUGGAUGCCAGCGGCAACUUUAAGAAAAGUGACUACUUCAUGCCUUUCUCAGCAGGAAAGCGAGUGUGUGUGGGAGAGGCCCUGGCCCGCAUGGAGCUGUUUUUAUUCCUGACUGCCAUUUUACAGAACUUUACCCCGAAGCCUCUGGUUGACCCCAAGGACAUUGACACCACCCCACUUGUCAGUAGAUUUGGCCGUGUGCCACGCUUAUACCAGCACAUUUUCGUUCCUGUCUGAAGAAGGGCAGGUGAUGCAGCUGCUGCUGGGCUGUCAUUUGCUACUCUCCCUCCUCCAGAGCAGCAUCCAGCUCCUUUGCCUAUCAUGGGCCCCUUCUCUGUCAUGUCCUCUGACAUUGAUUCAUUUCUUAAGAUCUAGGCUCCAUUAGGAAGAGUUUUCUGGGUCCUUUCUCAAAUGUGUUUCUGCCCUUCCUUAUAGUCUAUAAUUUUAGAUUGACCACCACAUGGGUUAAUAUCUGUCUAAUGCUUAGUUGUUAUUAUAUAGCCACUGUGAAAUUGUGCAAGAGGAUUGGCAUUUGAUAAUUCAGACAUGUUUCUCCUCUACGUGUUCAAAAUAAAAGCAUUUUAAAUUUGAAUCAGAUUAAA